CUGACCGACGCUACGUGUUUAAAUAAUUGCCGAAUCAGCUCAACGUGAGCUUCCAUAAAAAUUGUAUUUACCUUUAAACUUCGUCCAUUUCUCUAACGCCUUCGUUAACAACGCAACGCUGCUUUAAUAUUUUUCGGUCGCUAGUGUUUUUAUGGGUUAACCAUGAAAAUGGAGUGGACACCCCAGGAAAACGGUUUACGUGAAAUAUUAACUUUACUAAAGGAGUCCCAAUCGCCAGAUACCGCAACGCAAAGGGCUGUUCAGCAAAAAUUGGAACAAUUAAACAAAUAUCCAGACUUUAACAAUUAUUUGAUGUUUGUAUUGACCAAACUGGUGACAGAAGAUGAACCGACACGUUCACUCAGCGGAUUAAUAUUGAAAAACAACAUCAAAACACAUUAUAGUAUGUUAAUGCCAAGUGUAACAAAUUUCAUCAAACAGGAAUGCUUGCAAGCCGUCGGCGAUCCGUCGCCAUUAAUCAGGGCGACAGUAGGAAUAUUAAUAACGACAAUAGCCAGUAAAGGCGAAUUAACGACGUGGCCGGAAUUACUUCCGGCUCUAUGCGGAAUGUUAGAUUCACAAAAUUACAAUGUCUGCGAGGGCGCGUUCGGUGCGCUACAAAAAAUAUGCGAGGAUUCUGCAGACGCGUUGGAUGCGGACAGCGUUAAUAGACCGUUAGACUUGCUCAUACCGAAAUUCUUAGAGUUUUUCAGCCAUUCCAGCUCAAAAAUUCGUUCGUACGCAAUCGGUUGCAUUAAUCAGUUUAUUAUACAAAGAUCGCAAGUCCUAAUGUAUCACAUAGAUUCCUUUUUGACAAACCUUUUUGUCGUGUCUGCCGACGAUGACGCCGAAGUCAGGAAAAAUGUGUGCAGAGCUUUAGUGUUAUUAUUGGAAGUUCGUAUAGACCUACUUAUGCCACAGAUGCAUAAUAUUAUCGAAUAUAUGCUGCUCCGCACACAAGAUUGUGACGAAAAUGUUGCCCUCGAAGCUUGUGAGUUCUGGCUUUCCUUGGCCGAACAGCAUAUCUGCCGGGAGGUGCUCGGUCCUCACUUGAAUAGACUGAUACCCGUGUUGGUUCGUGGAAUGAAAUACUCCGAAAUUGACAUUAUAUUGUUAAAGGGGGAUGUCGAGGAAGAUGAUACGGUGCCUGACAAAGAAGAAGACAUAAAACCACGGUUCCACAAAUCAAAAACACACACCAUGAAGGCGACAUCUACUAACGGAAAUACCAGCAAUGCGACAGAAAAAGGAAGUGGUGACCAGGGGGAGGACGAAGAGGAUGAUUAUGACGACGGGGAUGAUGAUAGCAGUCUCUCAGAUUGGAAUUUACGGAAAUGUAGCGCGGCGGCGUUGGAUGUGCUAGCGAUUGUUUUUAGCGACGAGUUGUUACCAAUUUUAGUUCCCAUCCUUAAAGAGACGUUAUUCCAUCUUGAUUGGGAUAUUAAAGAAUCUGGAAUACUGGCUUUAGGGGCGAUUGCCGAAGGCUGUAUGUCUGGAAUGUUAAAUCAUCUUCCCGAGUUAAUACCAUACUUAAUUAACUGUCUUAAUGACAGAAAAGCUCUUGUAAGGGCCAUUACAUGUUGGACACUAAGUCGGUAUUCUCAUUGGGUCGUGUCACAACCGCACGACGCUUACUUAAAGCCAUUGAUGACCGAACUGUUAAAAAGAAUUUUAGACGGCAAUAAACGUGUUCAAGAAGCAGCAUGUUCGGCGUUCGCGACGCUCGAGGAGGAGGCCUGUACGGAAUUGGUUCCUUACUUAGGUUUUAUAUUGGAAACACUUGUGUUCGCUUUUUCGAAAUACCAACAUAAAAAUCUACUUAUAUUGUAUGACGCUAUUGGAACACUGGCAGAUUCGGUUGGUCACCAUUUGAAUAAAUCCGAGUAUAUUAACCUACUUAUGCCUCCACUGAUUCAUAAGUGGAACGUUUUAAAGGAUGAGGACAAAGACUUAUUUCCAUUAUUAGAGUGCCUUUCAAGUGUAGCGACAGCUUUGCAAUCUGGAUUCCUACCAUAUUGUGAACCAGUAUACCGUAGAUGUGUCUCACUAAUACAGCAGACCUUAUAUCAACACAUGGCUAAUACUCAAAAUCCGGAUCAAUUUGAGGCGCCGGACAAGGACUUCAUGAUAGUUGCUUUAGAUUUACUGUCUGGAUUAGCAGAAGGAUUAAAUGGUCACAUAGAAAAAUUAGUUGUUAAUAGCAAUAUAAUGGAAUUGUUACAUCACUGCAUGCAAGACCCAAUGCCGGAGGUACGACAGUCAUCGUUCGCUUUACUGGGAGACCUGACUAAGGCAUGUUUUCAACAUGUACGACCAUGCAUUUCCGACUUUCUACCGAUUUUGGGCCAGAAUUUAAAUCCCGAAUACAUUUCAGUGUGCAAUAAUGCUACGUGGGCUAUAGGAGAAAUAAGUAUAAAAUUAGGAACUGAAACGCGACCUUACAUACCUCUAGUAUUAUCGCAGCUUGUUGACAUUAUCAAUAGACCAAAUACUCCCAAAACUUUACUAGAAAAUACUGCCAUAACAAUUGGUCGCCUAGGUUAUGUCUGCCCUCACGAUGUCGCGCCCAUGUUACAACAGUUUGUUCGCCAGUGGUGUACAUCCUUACGGAAUAUUCGCGAUAACGAGGAGAAGGACAGCGCUUUUAGGGGAAUGUGUCACAUGAUAACCGUUAAUCCAGGGGGUGUUGUUCCGGAUUUCAUAUUCUUUUGUGAUGCCGUAGCUUCGUGGAUUACUCCCAAGGCAGAUCUUAGAGAAAUCUUCAUGAAGAUUUUGCAUAGUUUCAAAACGCAAGUAGGUGAAGAAAACUGGAAACGUUUCAGUGACCAAUUUCCGCCGCCGCUCAGCGAGAGGUUAUCGGCGCUGUACGGAGUUUAAACUUAUAACAUACAAAAUGUAUGUGCUUGUUUUAAUCUAGUUGGAGAAUUUAAUAAUUUGUUCUAGUUUAGAUAUAACUGAUUGCGCCAUGUUAAGGGUGGGAGUGACUGGUCAUUCUUGCCAGUACACAUCUAGGAGGGUGGGUAAAAAUACCAAGUUUAUUUUACAAUAAGAUUUGUUCCAUACUGUUUUGUAUAUGUAGAGAUGAUGCACAUAUAGGUACCUAAUUUUUUUAUAUUGAUAUUUUUAAGGGGCCUUUUUUUAAAUAUUUCUUUUUUUUCUUGAUUGUACUCUUGCAGAGGCGAUGCAUGUGAGGGCUUUUACUAUAAUCUGAAUGUAAACGGUACGGGUAGAUCACCUGCAAUCUUUUCAAAUUUGUACUUAAUAUUGUUUUUAAUACUGCUGGUGCUAUUUCUUUGUUUAAUGCCUCUGCGAGAUGUACCUCUAAGAAAGAUGACGCUGAAAGCGUGAAGCUAACGAGAAACUAUAUGGCUUUGAGUAUCAUAUAAUCAAUCUUCUGUAGCUGUUCUGUUAGUGAAAAUAUUAAUAAUACUUUUGUGUGCAAGUUUCAGGGUAGGUGCAAACUGAAAGCCAUGUAGUAAAUCUUAUACGUUCAGUUUAUUUAGCUUCAUGUACAUACUUUUUACUUUCUAAAUUUCAUUUUUUUUUAAUAUUUAGAAAGUUUUAAAUUGUUUUGAAUAAGCAUUAUGCAAAAAUUAUCCAAAAAGAUAUGCAUGCAUAGAGAAAAAAGUAAAUCGGUUGUUGAUCUGAAAGAAUGAAGUCGAAGUAUUACCCACGUUUAGUAUUAGGAGAUCUUGUCAGAAUUAAGUAUAGUUAAAACUUUCAGAUUGACGAUAUCUUUUUGGAAUGAACAAACACUGACAAAUUGUGUUUGAUCUCUUUUUACCUCUGCUCCUUAAGAGGACUUCUGGCUCCUAGUCCCAGUCCCUUCCAGUCCUAGUUAUUUGACUGAUCCCAAACGUGUAUGUCUGCGUGUAUGUGUAGUUGCAUGUUGAAUUUAUAUUAAGAUAAUGUGAUAAUAUUGAGUGAUUGCUAUUUUCAAAUCAAUUGUGAUACUUUUAUAUUGUAAGACUUAUUAAGAAAUAUUUCAUUGUUAUUGUUUUUUUUCUCUCAAGGAUAGUAGAUUUAAACAAUCGUGGAAGUUGUUUCCUUUUAAAUGUUUUAAAAUGGGAUUUUAAAAUAUUUGAAUGUAACCACGUUCUCAGUUUGGUAUAUUUCCUUAAUCAUUUCUCUUGUUGAAUAUUAUUUAUACAUUUAAACCUAAAUGAACAUUAUAUAGUAUGAAUGAGUUUUCCUUAGCGUGCAGAAGUCUUCAAUCCUUCUACACUCCAAUAUCCAUUCCUGUGCGUCCAAUAACGCGUUCCUGUCUUAAUUCUUAUCUAGUUUUAGUUCUAAGCUAAUAUUUUGUAGUAUGACGCAAGCCUGGAUUUCAUUGUAUUUUUUUACGUUUUCAUAAAUUGGUUGUUUAGUUCAAGUUGUACAAUACUGACGCAUUUGGGCAUUGAUCAUAUUUUUUUAGUCCAAGAGACUUUCGUUUACAUUAUAUUGAAGUACGUACAAUAUUCUCUUGGUGUAUGUAAAAUAUCUUUAUGUUGAGAUAUGACUGCCGCCUUAUCAGAAGGUUUAGUUCCUCAUGUAUUAUGUUUUCAUUUAUAUUGGGCCAGAAUGGACAUUUGUUUUUUGCUUUUCGUUUUUUUAUGUUUGUAUUCAAAAGAAAUACUAGUCGCCUAUGAACCAAUAGUGUGUACCUUGAUUACUAUUUCGGCCACUGUACUCUAUUCAGUGAUAUUUCUUUUUAAAAUAUGUGUUUAAAAUAUGUUCUUAAAGUAAGAUGGCUCAAAAUUGAAAUUGUUGUUUCAUUACAUUGUAAUUUGGCAUUUUAAGUUGAUUUACAAUAAAUGCUAAAACCUGCAA